GACAACAGACACCGCAGCCGACCAUACAAGACUAGACGACGCCAGUCUUUAAGUAAACCAGGAGGUAGACUAGUUUAUUUGAACACAGAUACAAGAUAUAUACACUCAGGGGACAAUAGCCCCUCCCUGCAUAAUGACACAGGGUGGGGCAAUCUACAUUUAGUAACAAGAGACACACAGGUAUUCAAACUUCACACCAGGAGACAGUCCCAUCAGGAGGGAGGGCUGCUGGAGGCACCCCCCACUAAGCUAAUACACAUAAACACAUACAUCCCAUAAUAGUUUGCUCUCAAGCCAGACAAACAAUAGAACAAUGGGAUGCAACCACAUAACAUUAAACAAUCAACAACCCCCCACCCCACCUAUCUCCUA